AUGUCUCGACACCGUAUUAAGGAUGUCGAUUAUGACGAUGAUGAUCUCUAUGAUGAUGAUGAUGCGCUAGAAGAUCCUGAGGAACAGGAGUUUCUGCAACAGUGUACUACCGCUGUUUUGCAACAGCUCGGUGCGGGGCAACCGUCAGUGACCGCCACGAAACAAGAAGUUGAAGACGCGCUAUGGCACUACUACAAUGACAUCGAGAAGUCAGUCAACUAUUUGAGGGGUAAAAGAGAGAAGGAAGCCACGAAGCCUCAGAAAUCGAAGAUUCAACCAGGUCUUCCAGUGCCAGCAUAUCCCGCUCCUCCUUCUACGGCACACUUCUCGGCUGCCGAUUUCUUUCGCGAUUGUCCCUGGCUCAACGUCCCGUCUCAUCGGAAAGCGGAUAUCCUGAUUGAGCCACUCUACCCACGUUUGGGGCUGUUAGGCGGUGCACCGGAGAGUGGUGGAAAACUUUCCAAAUUGGCCGCCCUCGCUGCAGCCCGGAAGAAGAAAGAGGGCGAGAAAGUACCGUCUCUACCGGAGGCUUCGACUCCAUCAACUCCCAAAUGCGAGCAACCAAAAACAUCCUCGCUUGAUCAAACGGGCACUUCACGCUCCCUUCGUGACAGACUUGCGGCUAGCGGGAGGUCUACACCAAAAGCUUCAGAGGGUACUGGGUCUUUGCGCCGCUUGGCCAACCCAAGCUCCUCCUCGCAUCCGACACUGAAGCAGCCCACAUCUGAGGUUAGAAAGCCAUCAGUGUCUGAGGUUUCUGAAUCGAUGCAAAAGGUUGUGCUUGAAGCGAAAGAAGAACCAGAACCCGAGCAAACAGUGCCUACCAUUCGAGCCUCGCCCUCGACAUUUGCCAGCACUAUCGUCGGCUCGGCAACGGGCCCGACAGCGGCUGAGCCCAGCCACUUACACUCCAACAGCUCAGACCUGCUGAGGAUCUAUGGACAGGAUCAUGCUGAACCUUUUGACUUUGCAGCACCGAGCCCCGACGAUGUCGUUCUCAACGCACAAAACACAGCGAAAGGUAUGAAGUCGAAAUCAGCCGCAUCGAAAUCGGCAACGGUGAAGAAAGGCCAGUCUGAUCUGGCAGGUGGUAUGAAAGAUUUGUCAGUAGAAGACAAAGUGAGCGUGAAGAGCAAGAAUCUUGAUGUAUUGUCGGAGUACAAGAAGUCCACCCGCAAGCGAUCAGCAAACUUUGUGGUUAUUGGUCAUGUUGAUGCUGGAAAGAGCACUCUCAUGGGACGGUUGUUAGCAGAUCAAGGUGCCAUCGACCAAAGGACUCUCGAUAGGUAUCGGCGAGAGGCCGAGAAGAUUGGCAAGGGCUCAUUCGCGCUAGCCUGGGUCCUCGACCAAGGAUCGGAGGAAAGAGCACGAGGCGUGACGAUAGAUAUCGCCACCAAUAAAUUCGAGACCGACAAGACAGCCUUUACGAUUGUUGAUGCACCAGGUCACCGUGACUUUGUCCCGAACAUGAUUGCUGGUGCCAGUCAGGCAGACUUUGCUGUUCUGGUCAUUGAUUCCAGUGUAGGUAAUUUUGAGUCAGGGUUGAAGGGCCAGACAAAGGAGCACGCUCUUCUGGUUCGCAGCAUGGGUGUUCAAAAAAUUGUGGUGGCUGUGAACAAGAUGGAUACAGUACAAUGGGAUCAUGAACGGUUCGAGGAAAUUGAGCAGCAGAUAUCUGCAUUCUUAACAACUGCUGGCUUCCAGGACACCAAUAUUUCGUUUGUGCCGUGCUCAGGAGUUUUGGGUGACAACAUUUCUCGGCAGACCGACGAUCCUCGUGCAUCCUGGUACACUGGUCGUACAUUGAUUGAAGAACUUGAAACCUCGGAGCCAUAUACCCAUGCCCUUGAAAAACCAUUGCGUAUGACGAUUGGCGAUGUCUUCCGAGGUGGUGUGCAGAAUCCACUUUCCAUCUCUGGCCGGAUCGACGCAGGUAGCUUGCAGAUAGGCGACCAAAUCCUGACCAUGCCCAGUGGUGAAACAGCAACGGUGCGCAGUCUGGAGGUGGACAACGAACCAUGUGACUGGGCGGUAGCAGGUCAAAAUGUUGUUUUGCACAUCGCCAAUAUUGACCCUAUUCACCUCCGUUCCGGUGAUGUUGUCUGCCGUCCUUCGUCUCCCAUUCCUACCAUCACUUCUUUCACCGCCAAGAUUCUGGCCUUUGAACACCUGAUGCCUAUGCAGGUGGAUGUGCACCGUGGACGUCUACAUGUGCCAGGUCGCAUCAGCAAGCUGGUUGCCUCUCUAGACAAAGCGUCAGGGGUAGCUAUCAAGAAACGCCCUAAAGUCGUGGGUCCAGGCGUGGUAGUGCGUGUUGUUGUGGAAAUGGACCAAGCUGUUCCUCUGGAGGCACCGACCAGGAUUGUCCUGCGCGCCGGAGGCUCAACAGUGGCUGCUGGUUUAUUAGAAUGA